AUGUUGGUAGUAUUGCGGCACGUAUACGAGCCCGCCGUGCAGCUGUGCAGAACGGACAGCGUGGUCAUCGCGAUGAUGGGCGAUGCGACGCUCUCCUGCUGGUCCCGUUACUUUGGCGGUUUUCCCGGUGUUUCUCGAAGUCUUCUGUUUGUACUUCUCGUUUUUUCGUAG